CCUGAUUGGACUCUUUCAAACGCAGACCCGCGACUGUUUAUUGUGAUUUAGCUCGACGCCAGUUAGCAUGUCAAUUUAAAAGGAAGAAAACGUAUUAUUUUUGGUUGUGUGUAAAUGCUCUGAAUGUAAAGCUGCUAUAAAAAUGACUGACUCCUGCCUGAACCAGACUGACCUACAAAGACUCGCUGAAGAUGGGAAAAGUAAACUCUCAGCAGAGUUCAUCCCCUCAGCAGAUUUACCGCAUUCCUGCGUGGAGGAUAAAGAACACCUGCAGGUUUACCUCAGAAUCCGACCCUUUACCUCAUCAGAAAGAGGCAACGGAGAGUCACAGGACUGUGUUGCCUUAGAAACCCCUGAUACGGUUCUCCUGAAGCCUCCCAGUUUGUCCCUUUUGGCCCGGCUCAGCAGUGAUAAAUCCCUUCCUCAGACCGGCCAGCGCUUCCAGUUCUCCAGGGUUUACGGCCCGGAAACGACACAAAGUGAGCUGUUUGAAGGCACCGUCAAAGAUCUGGUCAAAGAUGUCCUGGAAGGAGAAAACUCUCUGGUUUUCACCUACGGAGUCACCAACUCCGGGAAGACCUUCACGUUCCUCGGUCCCGACUCUGAAGCUGAAGCUGGAAUCCUGCCCCGGGCACUGCGCCUCAUCUUCAGCAGCAUCGGUGACGACGUGUUCCAGGGCCUGAGCGUCAAGCCGCACCGCUGCAGGGAGUUCCUGGCUCUCAGCCGCCAGCAGCAGGCCGACGAGGCGCAGUUCAAGAACAGCCUGCUCAAACAACUCAGAGAGAAUGAGAAGAGCAGCAGCCUGCAGAACACGACCAACCAGACCUGGUUUGGAGGCUCCACGGCGCCGCGGCCCAGUACUGCAGCCCAAGACAGAAUCAUCCUGGACGUCAAACCCAACACCAAGUUCUCCGUCUGGGUCUCCUUCUGUGAGAUCUACAACGAGAACAUCCACGACCUCCUGGAGGUGGCGCCGAGCGGGGUGCCGCGCAGGCCGGCGCUGCGGCUGGCGCAGGACGCCAACAGCAACGCCUACGUCAAAGAUCUGCGCUGGGUCCAGGUGAGCAGCGCUGAGGAGGCGUUCAGAGUGGUGAAGCUGGGCCGGAGGAACCAGAGCUUCUCCUCCACCCGCCUCAACCAGCUCUCCAGCAGGAGUCACAGCAUCUUCUCCAUCCGGAUUCUGAGCGUAGAGGACGGCGACCCGCCCAGAGUCCAGACCAUCAGCGAGUUGUGUCUGUGUGACCUGGCCGGCUCCGAGCGAUGCGCCAAGACUCAGAACAAAGGAGAGCGCCUGAAGGAGGCAGGAAACAUCAACGCCUCGCUGCUCAUCCUGGGGAAGUGCAUCAAAGCUCUGCGCUACAACCAGCAGGCCAAGCUGCUGCAGCACAUCCCCUUCAGGGAGAGCAAGCUCACACACUACCUGCAGGGCUUCUUCUGCGGCCGGGGCAAAGCCUGCAUGAUCGUCAACAUCAACCAGUGCGCCUCCAUGUACGACGAGACCCUCAACGUCCUCAAGUUCUCCGCCGUGGCCCAGAAGGUGGUCGUCCUGAUCUCCAGGCCGCUCCCUGCCAUCCCGUCCUGCAGCGACGCCGCCUCCUCCAGAGCCUCAGGGCGGAGGAGCGCCGGCUGGGAGACCAGCCUGGAGGACGUUCCGGAGGACGAGGAGGAAGAGGACGACGAGGAGGACGAGGAGGAAGAAGACAGUGUCAUGGAGGACACUACGGAUCAGACGACCGACGAAGGAGAAGAGAAAGUCGUCAUCAGCAAAGUGAUGCAUGAGCAGCAGGUGGCGCUGUUGAGGCAGCUGCAGGUCCAGCUGAAGACGGAGCGCUCGGAGAACCUGCUGCUGGAGGCCCGGGUCAGAGAGGAGAUCAGCCGCGAGUUCUCAGAGCUGUUCUCCGACAUGCAGAAGGACUACGAUGAGCGCCUGGUCAGGGAGAGGGAGAUCCUGGAGGAGCGAGCUGAACGGAGGCUGGAGAUCUUCAAGAACCUGACCAGGAACAUGUCCUCAGCUGGCUGCAGCUCGGAUCCAGUCACCAUGGACAGACUUCUGAGCUGUCAGGCCUCUGAGCUGCCAGGAGCGUCUCACUUCAGCCUCGGAUCCGGACCGACUGAAAAGAAACCUGAAGACGAUCAGAACCACGAGCACAGAGCUGAUGAAGCAGAGGAAAAGAAAUGGCUUCUUCUUCAGCUCCAGGAAAAGUCAGUGCAGGUGGCCCAGAUGGAGCAGCAGCUGGAGGACCUGCAGAAGAAGACAGAGCUGGGCUCGCAGAACGGCUCCGACCGAGGCAAAGAUGAAGAUCAGCUGCAGGAAGCUCGGGCUGAGCUUCAGAAGGAGCAGAAGAGGAGAGAGGAGCUGAUGGCUGCGCUGGAGUACCAGACUCUGGGGAAGGAGGAGGCGCUGGCCUCCCUCCAGGAGGAGCGCAGAGCCAGGGAGGAGGUGCAGUCUGCUCUGGAGGAGAGCCGGCGGCAGCAGCAGGAGCUCCGAGUGGCGGAGCAGGUGGAGGUGCAGACGGCGGUCCACCUGCAGCCUGCUGUGGAGGAGCUGGAGGAGAAGUCCAGGAAGAUCCUGGAUCAGUCCUACCAAAUCCAUGUCCUCACAGAGGAGCUGCAGCAGCUGCACACGCCUGCUUUGUCUUCCUCUGACGGCGUCGACAUCCAGCUGAGGGAGGAAGUCUCUGAGCUCAGCAAGAGGCUGGAGGAGGAGAAGAAGAGCAGCGAGACGAUGCAGAGACUCAUCCAGCAGCUGGAGGAGGAGAGGAAACAGAGGGAGGCUGCAGUAGAGCAGCAGGUCAGAGAGCUGCAGAGGAAGCUGGAGGAGCAGGAAGAACUCCGAGUCCAGCUGGAAACCCAACGGGAAGCGUCCAAUCAGGAAGCAGAGCAGCUGCAGCUGAAGCUCAGACUGCAGCAGGAAGCAGCAGAGAAACUGAGAGACGACCUGAGAGAAGCUGAGCUCCACAGCAACACCGUCUCAUCCAGCGCUGAAGACCUGGACAGGGUGAACUCUGACCUCCAGAGGGAGAUCACGUCCCUGAGGGAAGAGGCUUCCUCUGAGAUGGAGCAGACAAGACGAGAGAAGGACAGGCAGCUGGAGGAGAAGCUGGCUGAGACGGAGAGGAGGUCUGCUGAGAGAGAAGCAGAGCUGCAGGAGAAUCUGGAUCAGUCGGAGCAACAGGUCACGACCCUGCUGGAGAAACUGCAAGAAGCAGAGCAAAAGGUCGCGACCCUGCAGGAUGCAGCGCAGCAGGUCGCAACCCUGCAGGAGAAUCUGCAGGACUCAGAGCGAAAGGUUGCAACCCUGCAGGAAGCAGAGCGGCAGGUCGCGACCCUGCAGGAGAAACUGCAGGAAACAGAGCAACAGGUCGCGACCCUGCAGGAAGCGGAGCGAAAGGUCGCAACCUUGCAGGAGAAGCUGCAGGAAACAGAGCAACAGGUCACGACCCUGCAGGAAGCAGCUCAGCAGGUCGCGACCCUGCAGGAAGCGGAGCAAAAGGUCACGACCUUGCAGGAGAAGCUGCAGGAAACGGAGCAACAGGUCGCGACCCUGCAGGAGAAACUUCAGGAGUCACAACAACAGGCCGUAACGCUGCAAAAAAAAUGGCAGGAAGCAGAGCAGCAGGUCGUGACCCUGCAGGAAGCGGAGCAAAAGGUCGCGACCUUGCAGGAGAAGCUUCAG